UCAAGAUGUUUCAUGUGCUAUGACGAAUCUUCAAUGUUCAGUUCACACGCCACCGGAGAUUUCAACCCUCCCCUCCUUGUAUAAAUUAUACUCUUUUCUCACCAUUCCACAGCACAAACUCACGACUCCCUCCUCCUCCUAUCAAGAAAGAAGAAGAAAAUCCACAACUCCCUUCUCUUUCUCUCAAGCACUAAACAUGGAACUAGCUCCUCGCUUCUUUAAUGGUUCCUGGAAGAGAUACUGGAGAAGAAAGCGAUACCAGCGACUCGACGGUGCGAUCACAGCCCGAAAGAAUACGAACGUAGCAAGAUUUGGAGGCAGCCCACGAAGGACAUGGAAGAUAAAGGCAGUGCCCAAGUUACGAAUCUUAAAGAAUAUUGCUUCUCCAACUAAGAUGUUGAGGAAGCUCAAGAACGCUUAUAUUAACAUGAUCCUUAGCGUUGCUGGUAAUGCCGAUGGAACGCAUGUUUUUGGAAACAAAAGGGUUCCGAGAGGCAGGCAAGUUAAAGCUAUUUACCCGAGUGAAGCUUUUGAGAAACGAUUGAUCUAUGAGAUUUAUAAGAAUCUGCUUGCGACUAGAGAAUUAUCUACAAUGUAGAGUAAUAUUCAAGUGGAAACCUACCUCUAAUUCGUUUAAUAUUUUGUAUGUCCAUAUUUUCUCAAGGUUGAUAAAAAAUAAUAAUUGAAUAUUGUAAAUUUCGACAUUUAAUUAUACGUUGGCUACUUAUGCAUA